AGGUGCAUAAAGAAAAGGUUGGACGGUGGAUUAUCAGGUGAGCAUAUAAUAUCCCAUGCCACCAUACCUCCCAUCAUAUACCACCACAAUCAAUUGAGACUUGUUGGUCUCUCUGAGUUCAGGAUUUGUUUCCUUUAGUGUUUAUCAUGUGUUCUCUCCUUCUCCAUGGCUCAACCAUCUCCAUCUCCAAACUUGAGUCCUUCCUUGAGCACCAUUCCUUGCCAUGAAUCACAACAUCACCAAGCCAUUGAUUUCAAUGUCAUGGUUAUUGUGGCUGCUGUGUUAUGUGCCUUAGUUUGUGCACUAGGCCUUAACUCUACAUUACAAUGUGUGUUUCAAUGUGCACACCGCGCGCUAACUGGGCCGGUGGAAUGGAUGGCCUCGCGGAGACUAAAUUCUGGGCUUAAGAAGAAGGAAAUGGUAGCUUUGCCUACAUCAACUUAUGCAAGCAAUUCUAGUUCACCAUCGUCCAUUUCAGGCUGUGCCAUCUGCCUAACGGAGUUUUCAGAGGGAGACCAAAUACGAGUACUACCCAAAUGCAACCAUCGUUUUCAUGUUGUUUGCAUUGAUAAGUGGCUGUUCUCUCACUCUUCCUGUCCUACUUGCCGGCAUCGGCUCAAAUCUAUCGACUCUGUGUCUGUGCCUUCUCUGGAUGAGAUUAUCACUGCCUCGUGAAGCUGUCUUGGGAAGCAUAUACUAAGGGAGAUGGAGAAUCUACUUUCACCUGUUCAUGAGGUUCAUGUUUUCUGCAAUAAACCAAAGCUGUAUUCACCAGAAUUUCAUAAUAGAGGGCAUAUUCGUGCUACUCUCAUCAUGGUAGUCAAUAGGUAGAUGCCAAUAAGAAAGUUGGGUAUGGGAGUUUCUUUUUCUUGUUCUCUUUUCACAGAGAAGACUUUCAAUGGAUUAAUAAAAAAUGCUACCUUGAAUCUACCACUACUAUGUCUCCAUGACCGCAUGACAUGAUCAGUCUAACUUUGUAGAGGUUCUCACCAUGUGCUGAGAAGGUAAAAGCUAAGUAGGGGAGAAAUAAAAAGAAAAGAAAAGACGACGACAAUGAAGAGUGCGUUCUGCAACUAAAGUUCUGAUAUAAGCCUAGCUAGUCACUAAUUAUCUUACUGGUUAGGGAAGGUACCUUCACCACCAAAUUUGCUUCAUCCACUCGCUGAUGUGAAAGAAGACAAUCUGUGGAUGGAGAAACGACAUCCACAUGAAACAUUGAUCCAAUGU